UCCAACAGGUGAAGGAUUGAGGACUGUUAGGGUUAAUGGACUUGUUUAGACCAUGUACAUUGUACCGCUGCAUGUUAAGCUCAAGCACUUUACAUUGGCAGUUGAAAAAUUUAAGUGUGAUUUCUCAUGAAAGUUUACUCUUGUCCUUUUUAAUGUACAUAUUCAUAGGUUCUUAUGUACAUAGCAUUACUGAUAGCAAAAAUGUUAGUAGCAGCAGCACAGGAAAUCAUACAUGUGCAGGACAGUGCAUAGAAUGAGUCCGUUCUGCAUUCCUUUUCAACUACUUCUCCUUGAGUGUCCCAGUUUCCUGCCAAAAGUUACAAGCAUGUUCAUGUACAUGUAUAUACUAAACACGUUACACUGUGUUUCUAUGUUACAUGUAAAAAUACAUGUAGCAGUAUAGAUCUGACCCUUGAAUCCAAACUAGAAGCUUCAUGUGCACACAACUGGGCAUGUACAUUAAUGAUGCCAAUGUAGUACACCUGAACAAUGCAGAGUCCACGGCAUGCAUUACCUCCAACUACAUGUACCAAAGGUUUUAGCCGACAAGUGUUUUACUGUGGAAAAAAAAUAAACAGUGGGGAGGGAAUUGUCAAAUCAUAAAAAUUGCCCACUUCAGACGUUUAGCGUUACUUUGGGGUAUUUAGUCAUAUUGCUCCAUGCUACGCACAUUAUAAGUUUACCAAAGGUUUCUGCCGACAGCUUUUAAUUUCACCGUGGUACUUAGUAUUUGGUCAUGUUGCAUUGUACAUACAUGUGAUGUAUGUGAACGCCAGUCUCAUAUUCCCAAGACGUAAAACUGCUAUUUAAGCAUGUACUGAAGAUCCCCUAGAUGUACAUAUGUAUGCAUGACCUAUGUUCUAAGGUUUAAGGAAUGUCACCCGUAAAUGAACACAACAGUCAACACAGUCUGCAUUUUAGCCAAAGUAUUAACAUUAAGACUAACAGUGCACGUUGCUUCAUAGGCAAUUUGAAUCAAUAUCACAGUAGUGAGUUACAUUUGUACAUGCACCAACCAUUGGUGAUGAUUUGUGAAGCCCAUGCACCCUCACUUGUCAUUCCUGGAGAUUUGAGCAGACAUUGUGUGGUCUGUGUAUAGUCAGUGAAAUGUUGUGGUUUGAUUGCAUCAUGUACACUGUACAUGUGCUGCAAGGCCACUGGCUUUGCCAUUGAAUUCAAGGCAUGCCAUUGCCUACUAAAGCAAACCAUUGAUGAAUUUGUUGAAAGCCUGGGCUGGCUGUGUAAAUGCAAGGAAGUUGUGAUCAUUAUUGGAGAAACAAGAAAUUAAGAUGCAGGCACAUUUUCAUACACCACUGAUGCCAAACUGAAUGCUGGCAGCAGCUAUGGUGGGCUUUAAACCACACUUGCAGAGCCGUCUGACCCCGUUGGACCACGGCAUUGCCGGGGCCGUCAGCGGUAUGGCAACCAGAGCCCUCAUGCAGCCCUUUGAUGUCCUCAAGAUACGAUUUCAGCUCCAAGUUGAGCCACUGCAGGGUCCUGGGGCAUCAGUGCAGAAGGUUCCCUCCAAGUACACUGGUAUCCUGCAGGCUGGGCGUACUAUCUACCUAGAGGAAGGGACCACUGCAUUCUGGAAGGGUCAUGUCCCUGCACAGGCUCUGUCAGUCGUGUUUGGAAUCUUACAGUUCACAACUUUUGAAUACCUGACGGCCACGGCCCAUCCGUUUGUCUCCGAGGAGCUGUCCACCGGAAAGGCCAAGCCGUUCUUCCACUUUGUGUGCGGAGGUAUCUCAGGGUGUGUUGCCACCGUUGCGUGCCAGCCCAUUGAUGUGGUCAGGACAAGAUUUGUUGCUCAGGGAGAACCCAAGUUGUACAAUUCAAGCCUAGAAGCUGUCCGUCUGAUGUACAGGGAGGCAGGGGCCUUGACCUUCUUCAAGGGUCUCCUGCCCACCCUGCUGCAGGUCUUCCCAUUGGCUGGUUUCCAGUUUGGCUUCUAUGCACUCUUCAAACGAAUCUGGGAGUUCGUCUUGGACGAGCCCGAGCAAACCUCUGGCAUCCAUGAAACAACUGCCUUGAAGUCCUUCACCUGCGGUGCCUUGUCAGGCCUCUGCGCCAAAACAACGGUGUACCCUCUGGACCUCGUCAAAAAGCGUCUGCAGGUCCAGGGCUUUGAGGAAGCCCGGAAGUCCUUUGGCAGAGUGCGGCGCUACCACAGCAUGCUGCACUGUGCGGCCUGCACGGUCAGGGAGGAGGGCUUGAGGGGCAUGUACAAGGGGCUCUGGCCCAGCACCCUGAAAGCUGUCGGAACUGUGGGCUUCACAUUUUGCUUUUACGAGAAGGCGUGCCACGUUUUGGAAAGACGGUACUUCUAAGCCAUACCCACCCCCACCACUCCGAGUUGCGUUUCAUUUUCCAGUGCCAAAGUGCAAUUAUAUUUUACUAAGAUAGUGAAUCUGAAAUUUUGUAUUUAAUUUCAGGAACGUUCAUGUAGAGUUGAAGUUUUUUUCAUCUUUGUGAAAAACGCCUUUGAAAGGAACAGGUACAACAUGGAAGACUUUUGGUUUCAACAGUAGUGAACAAGUUACUUAAGUUUUACUAUUUUUGUUGGAUUCAAAUCUUUAUGGAAGUUGAGCAUCUCGAAAAACAAAGGCAGAGUUGAAAACUCCUUCAUAUCACCAGAAACACCUCUGCUCUGACUGGUAACGUGGGAACAGCUUUCAGCCUCUUGUGAGAACAUUUCAGGUAGAUGUUGACUGCUCAAGCUGGCUAUUUUGAAAUGUGACAGUCACCACAAGAGGGCACUUCUUGAACACUUUUUGUACAUACUCCUACAGUUGUCAUCAGCAAAGUGUGUGCACACGUAUACCAGGAGCUUUGGUAAAGUUCUCUUGGUUACAGAAUGAUUUUGAACACUUGCUGUGUUCAUUGAACAUUUCGGAAUGCAAGACUCUAAUAGUCUUGUUCAUCCGUGACACAUUCCCCCCUGACAUGGAUUUUCAGCCUGAACGAGCAUGUUAAUGGCAUGCAGUGACACUAGCUGUAUUCCCAGUGUUCCGAGCUUGGGAGUUUUGAGUACUACCCUGAAAAAGGACAUGAUCACUGUGUAGUUUUAUUACAAAACAUCAUUAUUUAUUUUAAGGGUACAUCCCAUCAGCAAAGUUCACAGUUGAUACUGGUGAAUAAAUUCAACGAAUGUAAAAAGAAAA